AGGCCUACUAUUUCUUACUCAGUGCAGUGAAGAGCAUGUUGGUGAAGUAAUCUCAGUCCACUCGCCGGAGUACGACAGUGAUCGCCCAAGGUUGAUGAACGUCAAGUUUGAUAUGCCACUCGAGGCGUGUGGCAGUAUUGAAGACGAGUUGGUCAUUCAAUCCCCUAAAGGGGUAAGAUGGAAGGUGGAUAUUGUAUCCCCAUACUCGGACUGGUGCCGGCGCUGCAAGCAAUAUUACCACACGGAAGAAUGCUGCCCCAGGUUCAAUCAAAACGGAGAAGGGAGGAGGCAUAAUGGGGAGAGACAGGGAGGCCACAAGGCUCGGUUCCGUCAACAUCUGAUGAAUCAGGUGAGGCCCAAUCAAGAGGACACAGCGGAGAGAAGAGAGACACACACAGAUGAACAGGCACAUGUACAACAGCAGGUCAGACCCAGUCAGGGCCAGGAGACGCUGGGCCCGAGAGGACAGGCGGAGCAGGCUCAGGCCUGGUAUGAGGGGUCGACAGGCCAAGGCCACGAGGUGCGAUGCUCAAUGCCGUAUGGAAUGCCAAACUUACCAGCUCAGGUGCCCGAGUUGGGUGGGCCUGGUCCAAGCUACCUUGCAGGACCUGGAGCAUUACAGCCACAGGGCCCCUGGUUUCAGAGCAGGGGGCCCCCAGGUGGCGGGCAUGGAUGGGAAGGAAGUCAGGUUCCCCGAAAUGGGCAGUCCCUGAUGACCCCUUGGGGCCCCAAGGAAGAGUGGCAGACAGGCAACAGAGGCAUGGGUGGGUUCUCAGGGGGAGGCACGGCCCGUGCGGCCCAUGCUGCCUCUCCCCUGCAGUGGCACGAUCAUUACCAGACAGGGGGGGACGUCAACGUGUACCAGCACCCAAGCUUCGGGGAACUUCCUCUGCAGGACCGGCCCAAUUUGGUUUUUCACCCACAACCUCGGUACCCAAUGGGAGUGUACGACUGGAGGAAUAUGCCACAGGGCAAAGGAUCCGCUUCCGGGGACCCGUCUCGUUGGGAAAAAGGAGGGAAUUUCAACCUGAAUAGAAGAACGAGGAGAACCAACAGCAGGAGGUGGGACACAUGGAAGGGAGAAAGCCGGGACCGCAGAGAGGGCUGUACGCAUGACUGCCGCCAACAGUCACCGGACCAUGCAGAGGGUGUCAGGGAGGAAGAGGCAGCUCGAGGCAGAGUCCACAGCACGCUGCACGGGCGCACAGAAGACAUCCAGGAAGAGCUGUCAAAAACAUCAGUGACAUCUCGGUCGAAAGUCCGGUGGGGUAGUGAAUGUAGCGAAGAAGAUAGAAGAUCUGCAGCAGCACGCCCAGCAGCCACGACAUCAUCGUUGGAGAGCUCAGCUGAGUCCGGAAGGAGGAACCUGACCGAUCGUGAAACUGAAGGUAAACAGAGAGGGAACAAGGACAAUCGGACAAAGGCACUGGAGAAGAAUCAAAUGGAGACAGUGCAGCGAUGCCUAAUCCCCAUCCUAUGCACAAGAGCAAAUGAGGGCACCUAUUUCUUGGCUGUCUCAGAUGUUGGGGGAAGACCGCUGAUUCCAUCCAUGGAGGUUGACAAGACACCAACUCCGAACACGAUUCUGGACACAACGAGGAAGUUGUACGGGGAACAUGUGCCAGUGCGCCUCAUCCCGCACUCCUCAAUGGUUAAUGUGGUUUGUGAAACAGUCCAGGGGUACUCCAAGAUGUACUUCCCCCUUAUGGACGCCCGCAUACCUGAAGAAGCAGUCAGUCCCCUGGCGCAGUCAGGUAUCAGAUGGUUUCCCACCGAUCUGAUAAGGGAGCGGAAUUCUGCAGAGCUGGAAUCCAUUCAAGUUCUUCCAGGCAUCUCAGCGUUAGUGUUACCCAAUGUGAAUGACAAUCUACCAAGGGAGGAGGAUCUGCACUCUGCCUUCCUAAAUACUAGCCUGGUAGAAGAGUGGCGUUCCUCUUCUAGAACCGGUUCGUCCAGGUGCAGCGCCCAGGCCAAAUCAAGACACACAGACAGGAGCGGCGCCGGGCGUAACAGUGCACCUGCUUCGAGCCACGGCCAACAGCAGUCAGUUUCCCGCGAUUACAAGCGGAAGCAGUACAAGUCAAUGGACAGAAUUAGAGUAGCAACAUGGAACAUCCAAGGACUGGGGGACGCUAACGGGAGAUCGAAGAAGAGGCGGUUCAAAAGUUGGCUGCAUGAGAAGAGAAUUAACUGUGUAAUGGUGCAAGAGUUUAAAUUGAACGACGACAAACUGCGGGAAUUAGCUCUAUGGCGGGCCUGGAUGAAAGUUGGGAUCGGGACGGAGGAAUGGGUUUUCAUGACAGUAUAUUCCCCAAAUGAAGUGGGGGAGAGAGCAAGUUUCUUCCAAAGACUGCUGACGCAGAUCCCCAAGUCCGACAAGCUGGUGCUGGCAGGCGACUGGAACGUGUCGCUGGACGAAGCACUCCGACUGGGUUCUCACUCUGCAGACAGGAAGGAUGUACAGGCUCUCCUGGAGCUCAGUGCAGAGUUGGCCCUCGCAGACCCCUUUCCAAUUCUGAACCCGGACGACCCGGAUUACACCUGGUUUUCACACAUGCAUAGGGACAGACAGGUGGUAACAAGUCUCCGCCGGGACUUCUUCCUCCUGAGUGAACAAGUAGCAGAAAGGAUUACAACGGUAAGGCAAAUCUGCAGUCCGAUUUCAGACCACGAGCCGGUUCUCGCGGAGCUCAAGCUGCACACAGGCCUGGAAAGAGGAAGGGGCUUCUUCAGGCUUAACAGCCAAGUCUUGGAGGAGCCAGGGAUCAAGAGGUGGGUCGAAACGCACAUGGCAGCCUGGGUGGAGGCCAAACUGCUGUUUGAAACCUCCGCAGCCUGGCUGGACGGAGGUAUUGCGAUCACUUCCGGUAUACUUGAUGUGUGUUCCAGGAUCCUGGCAAGGGCUAGGAACAAAAAAGAAGCGGACUGCAGAAGGCGGGUGGAGGAAGCGGAAGAAAGGAUGGAGGGGCAUCCGAUCUCAGCAGUGGUGUGGGCGGCAGAAAAGGAGAGACGGAUGUCAGAAUGGGACAGUUUACAGGCUGUGAAACAAAAGAGAUGGGUGGAGCUUCUGCAAGAAAAGGGGAUAGAAACGAACGACACACUGUCCAAGGAAACCUUUCAGAAACUGCAGCCGAGAAGAACACAGCAGCAGAUGAUAGAACUCAAGCACCCAUUCGAUUCUUCGCCCCCCUCUGCAGGCUCAGCUACCGGCAUGCUCAACUAUGCAAGGAUGUACUACUCCGACAUUCUUACCUCCAGACGUCCGCAGGAAGACUUGAACACAGACCUGUCUCAGAAGUCAGACAUGUGGAACGACACAGAAGUCCCACUGCAAGAUGGGGCUAGGCUGGACUUGGACAGGCCCCUCACCUUGGAGGAGGUAUCCCAAACCCUGAAGUCAAUGGCAAAGGGUAAGUCCCCAGGGGUGGAUGGUCUCACAGUAGAGUUUUACGUCGCUAACUGGGACAUCUUUGGGCCGUUGCUGGUAGAGCUAUACAAUGAGGUCCUUGUCGGGGGUAGACUAGGAAGGGGAAUGACACACGGAGUGAUUGCAGUACUAUUCAAGAAAGGGUACAAAGCAGAUGUGAGGAACUGGAGACCGAUUUCACUUCUGAACGUUUCCUAUAAAAUCCUAGCCAAAUCGUUAGCCCGGAGAUUAGGGAGGUACUUACCGGGGUUGGUCGAAAGGGAUCAGGGAGCUUUUGUGCAAGGGCGGUCUAUCUUUAACAACAUUGUUACAGCUAUGGAGUCGUUGGAGAUCGUUCAGGGGGAGAACCUAGACACUGCAGUUCUCCUACUAGACUUGGAGAAAGCAUAUGACAAGGUGGGUUGGACAUUCGUCCUUACCACCCUGCGGAGAAUGGGCUUCGGAAACAGUUUCUGUUCCUGGAUUAUUGCCAUGUACACCUACUCAACUUCUGCGGUAAUGAUCAAUGAUCAUCUCUCGGAGUCAUUCACCCUGUCACGUUCAUUACGGCAAGGCUGCCCACUUGCGCCCCUCAUCUUUGUACUUCAGAUGGAAGUAUUGCUGAACAGGAUUCAGCACAACCCAGACAUCAGGGGUCUGCAACUCCACACCGGUGAAGAGUGUAAAGUCAAGGCAUUGGCGGAUGACCUGUUCGCAGUCUGCGAAAACUCGGUCACUUCGCUCAGCGCACUCAAGUCUGUGAUGUGUGAGUACUCAGUUCUUUCGGAAGCCACAGUGAACUGGAGUAAAUCAGCCUACCUGUUGCCAUCCCAAUUUGUUCUACAGUUUGUAACAUCGGUCAAGGAACUGGCGGAGGGUAUUGUGAAAGCCAUAAGGAGGCUGAUCUCCCGCUUCCUCUGGAAGCCAAGGGCGCAGAACGGAGAGGGGUUCAUCUCCAAGGUUGCAUUGGAGACCCUGUCAUUCCCACGGGAGAAAGAUGGACUGGGACUAAUAGACCCAGCCCGGAAAAAACAGGCCCAACUCAGAUGCUGGAUCGUGAAGGUGGCCAUGGCGCACUCCCGAGAGCACUGGGUCACACUAGCAGAACGCAUAUUAGGCGGGGAAUGGGGUCUGAGUCGCCCCCAAGAUGUGUGGGCUUGUUUCUUCAUGCCAUCAUUCAGAAAGAAACGCCUGAAGUCAGCAUUUUGGGAGCCAGUCCGGAAGGCAUGGAACAAGUCGCCCGCAGAUAUGCCGCAUACCCCCACCACAAAGGAGGAGGUCCUCUGUCAACUGCUGUUCGAGAACCCUGCAAUCCUAGAUCAGACUGGUGUCCCCCUGGCUGCGGACGGUUCAGCAGGCUCAUUUGGCCAGGCCUGGGUGAAGAGAGGGGUGGUGAGAAUAGAGGAUAUCUGGUGCUCCGGGUUGGGAAGCUGGAAAACACUAGGGGAGGUGAAGCUCGCAUUGAGAGGACUGCAACGCGUAGAACAACACCGGCAACAGGUCAUAGCAGCCAUACCACAGAGGUGGUUGGAACUGCUUGGCCCAGAAGGGGUGGACCCGCCUGGCACCUGGUACAAAUCAGGAACAGAGGGAGAUGACAUAACUUGGAAAGUACUGGAGAUCCUCCCCAGUGCUUUCAGAAGGGUGGAAAGGUGGAGGUGUGUGGAUUACUCGAACUCCCUAUCCCUGGUGGACGAGACAACUGUCAGGACCUGGGACAACCCGCCGCAGGUGAGGGUAAUUGGAGGGCGCAGUGAAAGUUCAAUAGUUCACACCCAGUCUUGGGUAGGUCGGGCUCCACUCAGGCAGCUGCCCAUAGACCCGCAGGCCUGGAGCUGGUCACCCGGAGUCACGGAAUCCCCUCCAGUGAGGCUGCUGGAGUAUUCCACCGCGCGGGGUUACCAGCUCGCUGCCAAAGUUAUGAAGACCCCGGCGCUGAUCGCCACUCAACGAUGGCAAGCGAUAUGUCAUGAGGACAUGUCGGGGGAGGCCGCAAACUUUGAAAGACUAUGGAAGUCCCUGACUGAUCUACCUAAUGAUAAGCAGGUAAGUAUUCUCUGGCUACUGUCACUGCUGAGCACCCCUUCUGCAGUCUUGCUGAGGGGCAGAGGAAUGGAGGUGGAUCUCGGAUGCUCGAGAUGCAGGUGGCCUUUCGAAUCCGCCCACCAUCUGUGGUGGGACUGUCCAGCGUCCAAAAGGAUAUGGAACUGGUGGUCACACCACUGGAGGGAGUUGGGAGGAACAGGGGUAACAUGGGAUGAGAAAUGGGUUCUACUGGGCUUUCUACCUUCAGAAGUGGGAGCCAGUCGUGGUUGGGGUUAUAUGGCACAGGCCACGAGAGGUCUGAUCUGCGAAGUGAUCUGGGCAGACAGAAACAGGGCGAGGUUCCAGAAGAGGCCCCUGUCUGACCUUGAGAUCAAAACCCACAUCAAAAGAGGACUGAGGCAGGCGAUUCGUGUCAACUGGAGAAGGAAAGCCAAAGCAGGCCAAGGAAACCACCGUCAACUCCGUUGGUUCAUGCGCACGUGGGCAAAGAACUUCAAGCUUGCAGCAGUGCAUCGUGACAGAGGCCUGGUCCUCUCCCCAUGGUCAUCAGACAGGGAGGAGACCAAGCUCCAGGAAUGAUCUGUGGUAUCACCAUCUGUAGGAAUUUCGAAGUACCUCCGUAA